UGAGCGCUAAUUGAUUUCUGUUCGUCGAGCCUGUUCGAAUCUCAUUACUUCGAAGAAUUGGACAUUGCACGCAGCUCAACGCGCUUGAACAUGGCGUCGCGUCUAAUCCAAUCAGUUGGAACGGAUGAGAGUAUCGUGAUAACAGGGGUGUCUGGACGUUUUCCGCGUGCGAAUAAUGUUCGCGAGUUUGCGCAUAGCCUGUACCAGAAGCAAGACCUCGUGGAUGAUCUGGAGACGCGAUGGCAGCAUACGAUGCAGGACGUUCCUCGACGUACCGGAAAGAUCAAUAAUUUGGAGAACUUUGACGCGGAUUUUUUCGGGAUAAGCAGGUACGAGCGAGACACGAUGGAUCCACAGGUUCGCAUGACCGUUGAACAUGCUUAUGAAGCUGUGCUCGACGCCGGAGUGAAUCCGCAGACUAUUCGGGGCUCGCGAACAGGCGUGUUCAGCGGAGUGUGCUUCUCGGAAACUGAAGUGUGCAUGUACUACCAUAAACGUCCUCCCAAAGGACUUGGCUUGUUGGGGUGUGCCAAAUCGCAGAUUCCCAAUCGUGUUUCGUACUUGCUCGAUCUAAGGGGGCCAAGUUAUGUGCUCGAUACGGCUUGUAGUAGCUCAAUGUACGCAUUGGACGUGGCGUACCGUAGCAUAAUGAACGGCGAGUGUGAUGCGGCUAUUGUUACGGGAGCGAACCUAACAUUACAUCCCUUCAUUACGUACCAGUUUGCAAUGUUGGGAGUUCUAGCGAAAGAUGGAUAUUGUCGCCCUUUCGACAAGGAUGCAACAGGAUACACUCGUUCAGAAGCAGUUUGUGCUGUAUUUCUACAGAAAGCUAAGGAUGCAAAACGUGUCUACAGUCACAUCAUACAUUCCAAGACGAACUGCGAUGGAUUCAAAUCGGAAGGAAUCACUUAUCCGUCAGGAUCAGCACAACAGCAGUUGCUAACUGAGUUCUACGACGAGGUUGGAAUCAGUCCUGCAGAGGUUGACUACGUUGAAGCACAUAGCACUGGAACGUUUGUGGGAGAUCCAGAAGAAUGUGAUGCAAUAGAUAAAGUGUACUGUACUGGAAGAACCGCUCCCCUGCUAGUGGGCUCUGUAAAAUCCAGUAUCGGGCAUACGGAGGCCGCGGCAGGAGUUUGCUCGAUCACAAAAUGUAUCAUCGCUAUGGAGAAUGAUCUUAUUCCUCCCAACAUCAAUUAUACCGAAUACAGACCGACAAUUUCAUCUCUGGUUGAAGGUCGCCUGAAGGUAGUCGCUGAUCCCACUCCUCUUUCUGGUCCUUUAGUUGGCAUUAAUUCCUUUGGCUUCGGAGGUGGAAACGCUCAUGCCUUGCUAUGUCGCAAUUUGAAAGAGAAGGUGAACAGAGGACUUCCGGAUGAUGACCUUCCUAGGUUGGUUACGUGGUCAGGAAGAACCCGGGAAUCUAUUGAAUAUAUGCUUCAGGAUAUAGGUCAGCGUCCUUUGGAUGUUGAGUUUAUUGCUUUGUUGUAUAGCAUUCAGCAACAAGCUAUUCCAGGCCACCGUUAUCGAGGUUUCGGAAUUUAUCAGAAGAAUGGAGAACGCCCAGCUGUGCUACAAACAUCGUUCAUAGAUCGAGUGAAACUUGAGGCUCGUCCAGUGGUUGCUAUUUUUGGAGGAUUAAACACCAACUGGAGACAAGAGCUUGAUGCUCUACGACAGUUUUCUGUAGUGGAAGCUACCUUUGUUAAAUGUAGCGGUAUCUUGCGAUCCUUGAAUUUCGAUCCAUACAAAAGACCCUCGCGAAAAGAGAGCGUUCUGUACAACUUUGUCGGUACGACUAUUCUUCAGUUAUCAAUCGUGAAAUUGUUGAGUUCGAUUGGAGUGAAGUUUGAUUUCUAUGGAGGACAUUCCAUUGGACAAUUCACUUGCGCAUAUCUUGACCACAACUUGAAUCUAGAACAGUGCCUUCGUCUGGCCUUCUGGCAUGGAUUAGUAUAUUCAGAUAGUCAUGCUGUAUGCGAUCAGACAGCGUUUGUUCGGAUUAAUUCAAAGUUGAACCAGCUGCCUCUGAAAAACAUCACCAAAGAUACUGCAACUAGUGUCGGUAUAUUGACAGCACCCGAGAAAGCGUUGCUGGAACAGGUUCGUAAGUUGAAAGCAUCCGGUUUUGCUGUAGAAGAACUGUCGUUCUUAAAUGUCCAUACGGAUGCUACAAAAAUCGCCUCGCUUGCAAGCAAACUUAGACAAACCGUUAAUACCGUAUUGAGUAGAACAGCUCUGGCCACUGAAAAGUGGAUUACUUCAGGUAUACCUCAGACGUCUUCCAUAUUCCACUCGCCGAAGCUACAUGAUGUGACGUCUAUAGUAAAUUUGUUCGAGAAGAUGCCUCAUCGUUCACACGUAGUCGAGUUCGGAAGUUCGCUAUCCUGUGAGAAUAUUCUUCGAUUGUUGAACCACAAUUCGUGUUACAUUCCAUGCGAUUAUCAAUCCCCCGACCCAAUUAGCCAGUUACUAUGUAGAGUGGGACACCUGUACAUAACAUCUCAGAACUUGAACGUCCCAAAGCUGUACCCAGCGAUUCAAUUUCCGGUGUCUCGGGGAACACCGAUGAUUGCACCUCUGAUUCAAUGGGACCACCGAGAGGACGCCUUCGUUGUCAAAUAUACUUGGGAAGGGAAUACAAAAUCUAAUUUGUUAUGCUUCAAUAUCUCUCUGUCCACGCAAGAAUACAAACAUAUAGUUGGACAUUGCAUUGACGGACGAAUUCUGUUCCCUGCUACUGGAUAUUUGCAACUGGUUUGGGAGCUUUUGGCUUACUUGGGCAAUAGAGACCUUGUUGACUACCCUGUUGAAUUCGAGGACAUCCGAUAUUUGAGAGCCACCACUUUGACAAAAGGAAAAACUGUUGAAUUACUGAUCACGAUUCAGGAGGUGUCAGGACGUUUCGAGAUUUCUGAAGCAGGUACAGUGGUUGUAACCGGAGUGGCAAGAAUGUUGAAAAUUGCAAACUAUCCUACAAUUCAAGAAGUGUCAACGCCAGCAGUAACAUUACAAUCGAAAGAUUUCUACAAAGAGCUUCGUUUACGUGGAUACUAUUACACGGGUCUGUUCAAGUCGGUGUUGGAAGCAAAAUCCGACGCAACAAUGGCAAAGGUCCAAUGGAAGGGCAACUGGAUGGCUUUCUUGGAUUGCGUACUACAAACUGGUUCACCAGCGAUUGAUACGAGGUCCUUGAUGGUCCCAAUGGCUAUUGAAAAGCUAUGUAUUUCCCCAAAGGCCCAUUUGGCAAUGAUGGUACGAGAAGGAGAAGACUGUAAGUUCUUUAGAGUUAAGUCCUGCCCGAACACCAAUGUUUUAGUUUGCGGUGGCAUCAUGGUUUGCAAUCUCCGAGUUAGCAGUGUAGGUCGCAGAAAUCCUCCUGGUAUUCCUAUUUUGGAGACCUAUCAAUUCGUGCCCUAUCACUCAGACAAUCAAAUUUCAGCUUUGGAAGCGAUUAGGAUGUGUGUUCAGCUGGCACUGGAGAAUGUCCCAAUGUUGACCAUUAAUGUGACGGAAAUUCAUAGCGAGCGAGUUCCGAUUAUCGCCCACUUGUUUGGAGAGGCCAUUGCUGAUCUUCCAUUGGUGAAAGCCAAUCUAACAGUGUUAGCUAAGACAGAAAUGGAGCAGGAUAACGUCACAGUUAAGCUGGAAAAGUUAUCCGAUCAAUCAAAUCAGCUCUUUUUGAUAACCGACAGCAACUGGAGCGAACCAAACUUUUUAAAAGAUGCUGUUGGUCGGCUGGUGGACGGAGGAUUCAUCGUCGUUCGUGAGAAGAUCAACUUCAAUCUAGACGAUCUAGAACUUCCAGACGAACUCAACAUGAUUGCAUCGUUUAGAGUGGACCAAGGAGAAACAUUCAUAUGUUUGCAGCGUAAAACCAAAGGCUUCAAUGAUACUCCAGCUAUUUUGCAAGUUGAUUCAUCUGAUUUCAGUUGGUUGCCUCCUCUGAAACAGGCUGUCAAACUCCGACCUGUGAUUCUGUUCUCACAGAAUGACUCCGUUUCCGGAGUUGUUGGCUUGGUAAACUGCAUUCGUAAAGAGCCCAAAAUGCAAACAGUUCGUUGUGUACUGAUCGAUGAUCCAGAAGCUCCGGAAUUUUCAUUGAGUGAUCCAUUAUACAAGAACCAGUUGGAGUUAGGACUGGCGAUCAACAUUCUCCGGAAUGGUGUCUGGGGUAGUUAUCGUCAUGCAUUGAUUUCAAAGAAGCCAAAGACAGAGCCCGUGACCAAGCAUUGCUACGCAAAUACCCUUACAAAGGGCGACCUGUCGUCGAUGAUGUGGUUCACCGGAGCUUACAACGAGUGGGAUGUUGUGCCCAACAAGGUUAAGGUAUCGUAUAGUGCACUUAAUUUCCGCGAUGUCAUGAUUGCCACAGGUCGUUUGUCUUCAGACGUGACCUCAUCCAAUCGUUUGGAACAAGAAUGUGAGCUAGGCAAUGAAUAUUCUGGGGUAACGGAAGAUGGUAGACGGGUGACAGGAGUUAUGAAUGCAGGAGCAUUAUCUACCGUAGUCAAUGCCGAUCCUCUGCUUGUUUGGACCAUUCCGGAUAGUUGGAGCUUGCAGGAAGCAUGCACGGUACCUGUUGUAUACAGUACGGUUCUAACAGCAUUCAAAGUGAGUGCCAAUGUAAAGAAAGGUCAAUCGGUGUUAAUCCAUGCAGGUAGCGGAGGCGUCGGACUAGCAGCAAUCAAUGUUGCUCUUGCCUAUGGAAUGGAGGUGUUUACUACUGUUGGAACCGACGAAAAGGCCAACUAUCUCUUGAACGAGUUCCCUGCUCUGAAACGAGAAAACAUUGGGAAUUCAAGGGAUUUGUCUUUCGAACAGAUGGUCAAACUGAGAACCAAUGGAAGAGGAGUGGACUACGUAUUGAAUUCAUUAGCUGAAGAGAAGUUACAAGCGUCUGUGAGAUGUCUUGCGAAGGGUGGCCAUUUCCUAGAAAUAGGAAAGUAUGAUAUGGCAAGAGAUUCUCAGCUUUCUUUGGAAUUGUUUAAGAAAGGAAUAUCGUUUACCAGUGUGAUGUUGGAUUCAGCGUUUAAAGAUCAAGAUAAAAUCAAAAGAAGUCUACAUAAACUACUAAAUGAUGCAAUUCAGGCUGGUAUUGUGAAGCCAUUGAAGACAAAUGUAUUCGAUGCUGCGGAUCUGGAGAAAGCAAUGAGAUUUCUGGCCAGUGGAAAGCAUAUGGGCAAAAUUGUGAUCAAACUACGUGAAAACGAGAAUGACGCCGAAACGCUGCCAAUCACAUAUUUCCCGCAUGUAUUCUGCAAUCCGGAUCAGGUGUACGUCAUUGUUGGCGGUUUGGGAGGAUUUGGUCUUGAACUGGCGGAUUGGCUUGUUCUUCGUGGAUGUAGAAAGCUGGUGCUGAGCUCUAGGCGAGGUAUCACUAAGCCAUAUCAAGAAUUCAGGAUCAAAACCUGGUAUAACUAUGGAGUUCAGACGCACGUAUGCACUGCCAAUGUCACUACAAUGGACGGCUGCUGUGCCCUUUUGAAGGAAGCAUCUCAAUUCGGAUCUGUAUCGGCAAUCUACAACUUGGCUGUACAGCUCCGGGAUGCCAUUCUGGAGAACCAAUCUGUUGAAAAGUUCUUGGAAUGUAUGGCACCUAAGGCGAAGGCAACUGAAUACCUAGACAAGAUCAGCCGUGAGAUGUGCCCGGAUUUGAAGCACUUCAUUGUGUUCUCCAGUGUUUCUUGUGGACGGGGAAAUGCAGGUCAGAGUAACUACGGUAUGGCGAACUCUGUAAUGGAAAGGAUUAUUGAACGGAGGCAUGCGGAUGGUCUUCCCGGCAAAGCCAUUCAAUGGGGUGCUGUUGGGGAGGUUGGACUGGUUGCUGACAUGGCGGAAGAUAAGAUCGACAUGGAAAUCGGAGGAACACUGCAGCAGCGCAUUUCAUCGUGUCUUCAGGAAAUGGAUUACUUGCUGACAUGUGAAGCCCCAAUUGUUGCCAGCAUGGUGGUUGCGGAAAAACGAACUGGAACUGCAUCAAAGAACGUGAUCGAAGCUGUUAUGAACAUAAUGAACAUCCGAGAUCUGAAAUCAAUAUCGAUGGAAAGUACACUGGCAGAUAUAGGAAUGGACUCCUUGAUGGCGGUGGAAAUCAAACAAGUCUUGGAAAGAGACUUUGAUAUGGUUUUGUCCCCACAAGACUUGAGAACACUUUCGUUUGCCAAAUUGCUGAAAAUGGACGAGGAGAAAAAACAAGCCGCAAAGGAUAAGGAAUUGCAGCAAAGUGAAGGAAUGAUUAUCGGAAUGCAAAUGUUGUUGAGAAAUUUUGGCAACGAGGAGACUAGUGAAUCGACAUUGCUGAGGUUACCAUCUGCUGGUAAUGAAGGUCGCCCACUCUUGUUCAUUCCUGGCGUUGAAGGUGUUGCAGGCAAUGUUUGGAAAGCGAUUGCUGAAAAAGUAAAGGCUCCAGUGUACAUGCUUCAGCUAACAAAAUCCUUGGAUUAUGAAAGCAUUCCAGAUAUUGUAGAGCGCCUCAUAGAUGAGAUUUGCGAAACAAUAUUGAAAGGUUUCAAACAUUUUACAAUAGUGGCUUACUCAUUUGGAUCUUUGAUUGCCAUCGAAAUAGCCAGAUGUUUACAAAACAAAGGCGUUCGCGGAGAGCUUCUGCUGCUGGAUGGUGCACCAAAGUACUUGAAACGUUGGUCCCUGAAACAGCUGAACAACAACCCAUCGGAUGCUGAAGUUGAGAAACUCAUUCUUCUUGUUUUGAUUGCCUUGGUAUUUCCGGAUGAGCCACCUGAAAAGGUGAUGAGUAUUUUAGAUAUACCUUCUUUUAACGACCAAAUCGAGAAACUGAUCGAGGUUGGAGCUGACCAGAACGAAUAUUCACCAGAAUAUACGAGGGAGAUGACGAAAGUUCUAUGCAAGAGAAUAAAAAUGGCAGCACUGUUGAACCUGGAUGAAGAUCAACCGUUGGAUCUUCCGAUUACUUUGGUGCGGCCAACCGAUGCUGCAUUCACAGAUAUUGAGGAUGAUUAUGGACUGGCCAACUACACGACAGGUGAUAUUACCCUUCGUAUGGUUGAAGGAAACCAUGUAUCAAUGUUGGAUAAUGCUGCUGUUGUAGAGAUAAUCAAUAAUUUCGGAUGUUCACCUUGUUGAAAGGUUCUUCACAGAUAAAUAGAAAUUAUUCAUACGUUGGUUAUGGGUAUAGAAAAAUUGAAACUUAGAAGUUAUACUUAAGAAAAAUAAUAAAUGCUGUGCUCUUUAUGUAUCACGGUUG